ACGAGGCGGCGUGCACGAGCAGCGCCGGCAGACUGGUGCUGCUGGGCGUGCUGAUGGUGGCCACGACGGUGCCCGCAGCCUACUCGGCGGUGCUGGUCUCCCUGGCUGUCCGCUACCCGGACUUGCCCUUCUAUGACCUGCCGGGCCUGCUGAGACACGGGGGCUACACUGUUGGCGUUCUGAGGAACUCCACGGAGCACAGCUUCUUCAGCACCACAUCAGAUCCAACAAUGCAGCGGGUAUACAACAGACUAAUGGAGCCUGAUCCUGAGAAUUUUCCAGCAACAGAUACCAAAGCCUUUCAGCGAGUGUGCGAAAAGAACUUCGCUUACUUCAUCCCUCAAGAGUAUACUUAUGCUAUCAUGGACAACAUCUCGUGCAACGUCGUGCCGCUACCCACAACACACUUCCACCUUAGUUUAACUAUCGCACUAGCGAAAGACAGUCCAUACAAUAUGCUCUUCAACCACAACAUCCAAGUUCUUCGGCGCAAUGGCAUUAUCCAGAAACUGUACAGAGAAUGGUGGCCACGCAGAGAAUAUGAGCAAGAUGACCACUGGGAAGCAGUGGACAUGGAUCAACUUAUGUCUCCAUUUGGUAUAUUACUGAUUGGCAUCCUUGUGGCCUCCCUCAUUGGCGUAGCUGAAAUUUGCUGGCAUCUAAAGCAUAAGAGAUCAUCAACAAAUCCUGCAAAGUAUAGACUGUUCCUCCAGAUGACAAAUAGAAACCUGAAACUGAGAUUUUAAAGAUGUAAUGAAAUAUUUGAAGCAAGAGACUGACAAGAUUUUACUACUACUUCUACACAUCUGCUGCCACUACUAUUAUACAUAAUUCAGUACUGGGUCAGGAAUAACCCAUGACACUGUAAUGACAACAGAGAUGAUAAUGAACACCACCACUACCUUCCUUAUAGACAUCAAUGUACCCAACCCAUAAGAUGCAAAACAUCUGCUGUGAGAAGAUGAUCAAAUAUAUGGACUUGGCAGCUGAGGUGAAAGCCAUGUGGAAACAGAAGUUUGUACCCAUCAUCUCUGUAGUAAUGUCAGUCACUGUUGUGUUGUCCUAAAACAUACAGAAGAAUGUACAGGACCAAAAACUGCCUCCUCCUCUCUGUUGGCAACUGCUGAAGGCAGUUACAGUGCACACCUGCAGAAUAGUUCAUCACAGUCUUGGAGAACAUAGUUGAUUUAGUAGUAACUUGUUAUUUAAACCAUUAUCUUUAUAUCAGUGCCAUGUAAAAAUGAGAGUAAUAAUAAUAACUUUCGCCAGAUAGAGUAGGCAAAACAUAGGCAGUAGCCCAGACUAUUCAACACUGAACCGUAAGGUCCUACUUCUUACCAGUAACUGAGCACAGGUUCUUGAGCAGUAGGUACUAGUAAUCAGUACUGACAUUUAAAGUAAUCGCUGUACUUAAGUUUCUGAAAGUGCAUAAUAUAGUUUCAUAUGUGCUUCUGUGUAGAAGUGAACAGCCAUCAGGUAGCCAUGACUAAGGAUGAUUAUAAAUUAUGAUUUGUUUUGGUCGAAUAGUUGACUACUAUCCAAAAACAACAGGAAGGAAGGUUGUAACCAAGUUGACACCUAAUUGUAGCUAGUGAGCCGUGUUUAGGUCUGAUGUAGUGUGGGAACAGUUGUACAAGAUGGAUAGCUAAAAGACUGGUCCAAUACUUUGAACAAACAAGUUCAAGGAAUAGCAUUUCAUUGGCAAAUCUGGCUGGUUGGUCUUACCUCUUCUGGAGUAAUGGCCUCUCAAAGGUAGUGAACAGCAGCCACAGAAGGAAAAGAAGGGGCUGUUAGAUAUAGGCAACUCAAAUAAGGUGCAGAGUGGUUGAGAGGUGCACUACAUACUUGAUUUAACCACAUGUGUGGCCAAGUACAUGUGGAAUUAACUCAUUUUUCCUGUUUUUUUCCCUUCAUUGUUCCUUUUCUUGUAAGGUAAACUACUUUAACUCAUACAACAAGGAAAAACACUCUGUGGUAUUGGAUUACAGUAGUAGUGGCACACAGUGUUCAAAAAUUUUGGAGGACAAAGAUGUUAAAUCAAAAUCAGGGAAGGCAAUUGGUAGAGGCUCAUCGAAAAUGUGGUGCAACUUUAAAGGAAACUACAUGCAAGAUGUCAGUGUGAUGAGUUUUAGAGUACUGCUUGUAUCAUUUAAGUCCUUAUCAAUCAGACAUGACAACAGGCAUGUAAUGAAUUCUGAUAUGCACUGCUUUAUUUAUCAAAAGUCAAUGCAGCAUAUUGAUAUAAUUGGGACCCUCAAGGAUAGGUAGUUUUGAAAAAAAGGCAACAUAUGCUUCUUGAAACUGUGGGCUAAAUGUAAAGAGCCUGUGUUAAAUUCUGUGGAAUAAUGCUGCUGUUUCCUUUGUAAACGUUAUGUAGAUUCUGCGGUAAUAUAAGACAUCAUAGCAUAUAAGGGCAUAUGGAUAGUCAUUUUCCAUUGUUCCAUAUUCGUAACAGCAACAUUUCAUUCCUACAACUUCAUCCUUGAACCUCCGUCCAUACAAUAUCCAGUGGCUUGAGAACAGCAUAUGUAGAUUUAGAAAUUAGCAUCAGAAACAUGGUACUGAGGCUGCUGCUUCUCAUUUGUUGCAGAAGACAUAAAUCUGGAAUAUAAGUUUCACACUCUGAGAAGCUCAGUUUAUGUGCUGAAGAGGUACCAACUUCUUUGUGUACAAUCUCAUGAUUAAUUAGUAGAAUGUCUUGAUAAAAUAAUUAUGAAU